CCGGGCCUUGUCAUGUGACCCCGGCUCCGCUUCGCACAGGGAUGGAGCCGGAAGAGGGGACGCCGUUGUGGCGGCUGCAGAAGCUGCCAGCCGAGCUGGGCCCGCAGCUUCUUCACAAAAUAAUUGACGGCAUUUGUGGUCGAACUCAUCCUCUCUACCAGGACUAUCACAGUGUUUGGGAUUCAACAGAAUGGAGUCAUGUUCUAGAAGAUAUUACCAAAUUUUUCAAAGCCGUAGUUGGUAAAAAUUUAUCUGAUGAAGAGAUAUUUCAGCAAUUGAAUCAGUUAAAUUCAUUUCAUCAAGAAGCUAUCAUGAAAUGCUUAAAAAGUAGAAAAGAUGAAAUCAAGCAGGCUCUGUUAGAAGAAAUAGUUGAUAUUUCUUCUGCACAGCUACAGGAUUUUGAUUGGCAGUUAAAGCUUGCACUUUCUAGUGACAAGAUUGCUACAUUACAAAUGCCACUUUUAAACCUUCAUCUAGAUGUAAAAGAAAAUGGUGAAGUCAAACCAUAUUCUGUUGAAAUGAGUAAAGAAGAGCUGCAGAAUCUAAUAAAUUCCUUGGAAGCAGCUAAUAAGGUGGUCCUGCAGUUGAAGUAACUGGAAGUAAUGAAUACCAACAUUGUCGGAUUCCACUGCUGCAGCUGAUACGGCAGAGUGGAUACUGUGUGUUCAGAAAACCUGCGACAUACUGACUUACUACACCAAGCUGAGAAAGCAGCAGUGUUGACAUCACAAAGAGAAAAAUUUGUCAACUUCCCUAAAGAACAGGAAAUUCCCUUGUUGGCAGGAAAUGCAUAAAAAAUGAAAAAGCUAUAAUAGGAGUUUAUAUUUUUAUAAUGACUGUUUUGCCUCCUUUAUUAAAUAUUUGAGAAAUCUUUAUAGAUAUACAGUUUUGUUGAAAGCUAAAAAUAGGCUCUAAAGUAAUGUACACAUACAAAGCACAAAUACACUUAAAUAUUGCUUAAAGAAGUAUGUGAAUAGCAAGGACAUGUAUUAUGGCUAUAUAUGAUUAAUUUGUAAUAUUUUUAAAAAAUAGCUUUUAAAGAAUGUAUAAGCUGCAUAUGUAACUCAGGAGAUUCCAUAUCUUCCUCGUAUUUCAAAGGAAAGAUUAUAAAAUAUAGAAUUUCUUACAGAAAGAAGCUCUUCUUCAGACAUGAACAAGAAAAAAUAACAAUUUAUUAGAAAAAUUUUGAGUUUAUGAAUUUAUAAAUUCUAGAAACUAAAAUCUUAUAUUAGUACACAGAAAAAAAUGAAAAUAACACUGUUACUUCUGCAUUUCUAUGUCUGGUCAGGAGAGUAUGCUCUGAUGAAAAAAGAAUGGAUAUCAUUGUAUAGUGUAUAUAUUGCUAUUCAGAUAUCAGCUAGGAAUAUAUAUAGGUCCAUUUUUGUUAUAAACCCUUAAUGUUGAAUUUAACAGUUUUGAAUGUUAACAACUUCAUUGGAAAACAAACCACUUUUAAUUUCAGUUAACUUUAAAAACAAGCAUUCUGAACAAAUAAAAAAUGUCAUUUUA